GCCGAAAGUCCAUUAACCUACUGGUGCGACGGGAUGGCAUGUGGUGGGCUGCUGUAGUGGUGCCGUGGCCCGCCUGCCCUGCCCUGUUCCCCUGGUGCGCUCCGCUCAUUCCUCCUCCCACAAAGCAAAGCGAAGGGGGAAGAGAAGGGGAGAAAAGGAGAAAGAAAAGAGUAGCAAAGCAAAAGCAAAUGCGAUACUGACCAGGACCUGGAUUAGGCUACCUUACCGCGGAGGAAGAAAAGCCUCCGAUUCCUUCCGUCCUCGCGGAAAGGAUGGACAGCUCAGGGCUGCGGGCUCCGGCGCCUACUCACAUGGCCGGGGAGAUGCUGUGAGGGCUGAGUAGUUUUGGAUGGGUGUUCGUCCUUGUGGCUUGACACAUACCCAACGUUGAAGCUUGGCUCCAUGAUCUCUGAAUCCCCGUCAGUGCAGUCUUCAUCCGGUCCAACUGCUGGUGAUCUCCCCCUCAUGAACUGAGCAAUCAGUAAAAGAAACAAAAGGGUCAUUUCUGCUAGAGAGCGAACAGAUCAUCAGAAAUGGGAAAACAAGGUCACCGGAGGUCUGCAUCACAAGACGAGGACAAUGUGGGCUGUGUGUGGGGUCUCAUGCGCAUGCUUUAUUUCCGUCGUGACCCCAAGUUCUUGUUGGAUUCCAAGCAAUUGGGCGGGAGGCAUGCAUUCCGGGAGAUCAAUGAGAUAGGGCAAUCGACAAAGAGGUCCAGGGAUUUUGAUGGGAUAGAAGAAGAUGGUAACAUAGAAGAAUGCACUUUCCAGAAACCAACAGUCAAAAACCUUAUGGAGGAUGAAUUGAGGAAAGUAGAACUACUGAAGAAAAUUCCAAAUGAUGAAGUUCAGAGAAGAUUAGCUGACCUGGAAAAUGGUGUCUCUCUUGAUGAGAAACCAGAGCAUAUAAAUAGAUUAACAGAUAACUCAUGUCACCAGACUGGUGUCUCUACGGCUUUAACUCCAUCAGUGGAUUCUGAGGUUUUGAAUCAUGCUGAAGAAUAUGAUCUUGAGUCUGUCCUGGCAGAUUUCCUAGGUGAAAUCUAUAGUUGCCACAAUGAGUGCCCACACGGUGAUUGCAAGGAUAAGAAUGAACUGUGUCCUUCACUGAAGUCCCUAAUCCAUAAAAAGGUCAAUGACUUGAAUAAUCUUCCUCGCAGUAUGGGUCGUGGGCAAUCUCAAGAGAGCAAUGAUGGAAAACUAUCUGAGCAGAAUAAUCUUUUUAACACCAUGGCAGCUCAAUCCAAACAGUUCAAGGAUGCAUUGGAGAUACUGGGUUCAAACAAGGAACUUUUCCUGAAGCUGCUUCAGAAGCCAAAUCCUCAAAUAGUAGACAAUAUCCAAAAGCACCAAAACAAUAAGGUGGCUUCUGGAUUAGAGCCCAGUAACAUUCCUGGACAGACCAAUUUUGGAGGGAGAGUAGGCUCAAAUCAGCAUCUGUUGGCUACAAAAGAGCAGGCUAAAGAGAGAAAAUAUAAGUUCUUCUGGAGGAAGGGUAAAUCAAAUAGAAGCCAGAUGCCUGAGGCAACUAUCGGACCUCAGACAGUUAGCAAAAUAGUUAUUCUAAAGCCAAAUCCAGAAAGACGGAUUCAUCAAAAAGCCAUUAGUAGCGCAAGACCUUUACAUCAACAACCGUCUACAUCGCAUGUUCCUGAAUGCAGUGGAAGGGAGGCCUCAAAGUUUUCUAUUAAGGAAGUCAAGAAAAGAUUCAGAAUUGUGACUGGUGAGAGUAGAAGAGAGAGAAAUUUGGCACCUGCAGAGGACCUUGGAAGAGAUCCACGUAGGCAUAAAGACUCUGUUAUUGCAAUUAAGAAGGAUUUUAGACAUGUCCCAGAAGGGAGCUUGGCAGACACAUCUGCAUCAAGUUUUAAGAACAGCAUCAUACCUUUCAACAGCAGUAAGCAAAAGCAACAAAAUAGCAGCAUAACUGAAAUAAAUGUUCGUACAGUACCACAAGGUGAAUCUAUCUUCUAUGAGCAGGCCAAGAAGCAUUUAUCAGAGAUGCUAAAAGAUAAUGACCGAUCUGUAAACUAUCCAGCAGUUCAAGUUUCAAAAUCCUUGGAAGGAAUACUUUCUGUCCCUCAUUGCAAUGCGUCAACCCCUAGGAAUAGCCCAAGGGAAAAGGGUUGCCUUGAACUCUCACCUGAAGAGACAGAUGGUUGCCUUUCAUGCAAGGUUGAAAGAGAAGAAUGCACACAAGAGAGAUGCCAAUCACAGGACGACAUGGGAAGCAUUGCAUGCUGUACUAGUGCGGCAGUUGAUGAUCAGGUGACAGUUCAGGAAGGAUACUGCAUGAAUGAAGCAAACGAAGAAUUUUGGACAGGACUUCAAGAUGUUUCUGAUGAGCUGGACAACAUGUACAUUGAAGGACUUGACAAAUUGGACUGCAGUGAAAACAUUUGCAAUAUGCAGUCUGUUCCAGAAGAACAAAGCAUAGAUGAUAUACAUCAGGAAAUAUUAGAAGAAACAAAAGAAGAAAAAGAACAUGCUGAAGUGACCCCAGACUCUCCUGAGAGCAUGGUUGAAAAGUUGGAACAGCAUGAGCCGGAAACACCAGAACCAAGAGCAUCAACCAAAUUAGUCUCAGAUGGUUCUUCUGAGCAAAGCGAGGAAACACAAGAAAAGCCCAGUCCGGUAUCUGUUCUUGAGUCAUUCUUUGAGGAUUUUGGCAGUCCUGACUGCAUGAACAAGAAAGAAUGUGAGUUGCAUGAAGAUCUCCAAAGGACCCUAUGUUUCCCAGAUGAUGAAUCAGAUGUUAAGGUCCUCUGGGAGGACAAGAAUGUCAGAUUAGAUUACAUAAAGUUGGUGCUAGAGCUCUCAGAAUUAUGCGCAGAACAAAAUUUAGAGGUAUGGUACCUAGAGGAUGAAUUAAUCAGCCCCUGCUUGUUUGAAGAACUACAGGAUCAAGGUGAUCAAACCGAUGAUCUGAAGCUUCUGUUUGACUGUAUCUGUGAAGCUCUAACAGAGAUCCAAGAGAGAUAUUUUAGACUCUCUUCUUGGUUAUCUUUUUUAAGACAUGACAUACGGACACCUCCAAUAGGAGAAAACCUCAUCACAGAAGUUGAUAAGUAUGUCCAUGGGUAUAUCCAAUAUAGUCUUCCCAGUACUCUAGACCAGAUAAUUAAGAAGGAUUUGGAAGUUCAAGCAUGGAUGAACGUUAGGUCAAAGACUGAAGAGAUCAUUAUGGAAAUAUGGGAGUUCGUAUUGGAUGAGUUGAUAGAUGAGGCUGUUUUUGAUUUGUGGAUUUGAAGUUCUGACUAGAUCGCUUGUCGAUGAUGCCUUAUCGUGAGUACAGUGAGUAGGUAGAUACUGAAGUUUUCGUGCUGACAAUAACCCAUUCUACGUGGCAGAAUAACAUGGGCUGCUUCUAGUCUUAUGUGUGUAACUGCAGCAGAAAUCAAGAGAUGCAUGAAAGCAAAAGUUUCAGUUCUGCAAAUCUCGGGGUUGUGCAGUUUGUGUGGAUAGAGUUAGGCAAGGCCUGUCAGAUUGCCACAGAACUCAGUCAUGCCUCUGAAAAGCGAAGUGUAUGGCAGUCUGAAGUGCAUUGCAAUUUUCCUCUUGUCCAUUGAGAGUUUGUGUGCAUAUGUGUGAGGCUAACACUUUCUGCGGGAUCAGAUCACGCAAAUUGUAUAUGUUUGUUUUGUGUGUAAAUGUGCAAAAGUAAUCAUACAUGAUUAAUCAAAUAACACAUUUUCUGUAUGGUUAGAGCACUGUU